UCUCUCCUCCCCCUCUCUUCUCUCCUCCCUCUCUCCCCUCCUCCUCUCUCCUGGCAGACAGCUACUCCCCACCUUGGUGUCAGCCCCACCUAACCCGGUCCACCGAGGCGCGAGGCGCGGAGUCGUCCGGGCUUCCUAGAGCGUCCUAGAGGAAGCGUCGCGGGGGCGGAGCGUCCACGGGCCCGGGGGCGGGGCUCGAGAGCGGGGGACACUUCCUGUCCGGGGCCGCGGCUCAGAGUCCGGCAGGUGAGCAGCGGGGUCCCGGACGAGGGAACUGGGUCUCAAUUGUGCUACAUCUUCAAGAAGGCUUCUUUAGGAAGAUGGCAGACCUGGGGGGAGAACAGGAGUCACCUCCUGUUCCAUCCCCCAUCAGUUUUUCAUCACCUGGGAUAACUCCUGGACCUCAUCGCCACAAGGCACAGCUCCACCUCCAUGAUCAUCAACAUGGAUUUACAGUUUCCAAACCUGAUGUGAUUUCCUUGCUGCAGGAAGAGGAAGAACUGUCUGGCUCAGAUUUUCAAGGAAUUCAAGAAACAGAGAUCUCAAGAGAUACCUACACAGAUUCUGAAUCUGAGAUUGAAUUGUUAACUCCAAAGCAAGAAGUUUCUGAAGGAGAAGAACAUGGAGGGAUGUUGAAAAGUCUCCUCAGAAAUGUUCCUCGAGGACCCAAAUUUGCAGAACCCUGUGAACGGGAGGACAAUUUAGAAAGGCAAAUGGGAAACUCUACUGGGGGCAGAGAGAGGAUAUCCCUCUCCCAGAAGCGAGGUUCCUGGCAUAUGACAGUCCUUCACCAGGAAGCUCCCCCAGUAGAGGGGAGUCAAGGAUGUGAUGAAUUUGGGGGAAGCUUUAGUCUGAGCUCGAGCUUUAUGGCACGUCAGGGAGGCUCCAUAGGAGGGAAACCCCAUAAAUGUGACACCUGUGGUAAAUGCUUCAAAUACAAUUCAUUACUUAUUAAACACCAGAGAAUUCACACUGGAGAGAAACCCUAUGAAUGCAGUGAUUGUGGGAAGUGCUUCAGAGGGUGGUCAGGCUUUAUUCAACAUCACAGAAUUCACACUGGAGAAAAGCCUUAUGAAUGUAAUGAAUGUGGGAAAGCCUUCAGUCACAGUUCACAUUUUACUCAACACCUGAGAAUUCAUAAUGGAGAGAAGCCCUAUAAAUGUAAUGAAUGUGGGCAAGCUUUCAGCCAGAGCUCAAAUCUUAUUCGACACCAGAGACUUCACACUGGAGAGAAGCCCUAUGAGUGUAGUGAAUGUGGGAAAGCUUUCAUUUGGAGCUCAGUGCUUAUCGAACACCAGAGAAUUCACACUGGGGAGAAACCCUAUGAAUGCAAUGAAUGUGGGAAAGCCUUCAGAGGGAGGUCACAUUUUUUUCGACACCUGAGAACUCAUACUGGAGAAAAGCCUUUUGAAUGCAAUGAAUGCGGGAAAGCCUUUGGUCAGAGCUCACAACUUAUUCAACAUCAAAGAAUUCAUAAUGGAGAGAAGCCCUAUCAAUGCAGUGAGUGUGGAAAAGCUUUUAGCCAGAGCUCAAACCUUAUUCGACGUCAGAGAAUCCAUACUGGAGAAAAGCCCUAUGAAUGUAAUCAUUGUGGCAGAUCUUUUAAUCAGUUUUCUUUACUUAUUGAACAUGAGAGAAUUCAUACUGGAGAGAAACCAUAUGAGUGUAAGGAAUGUGGAAAAACAUGUAGUCACAGCUCAGAUAUUAUUAAACAUCAGAGAAUUCAUACUGGAGAGAAGCCCUAUGUGUAUCAUGAGUGUGGAAAAACCUUUAGUCGUAGCUCCAGUGUUAUUAAUCAUCAGAGGAUUCACACUGGAGAAAAACCAUGUGUAUAUAAUGAAUGUGGAAAAGCCUUUAGAGGCUGGUCAGGCUUUGUUCAACAUCAGAGAACUCACUCUGAAGAAAAGCCUUAUAAAUGCAGUGAAUGUGGAAAAGCUUUUAUUCGGAGCACACAGCUUAUCAAGCACCAGAGAAUACAUACUAAAGAACAUAUUCCAAAGAAUAAACCAGUUACUAUAAUGAAAAAAGGAAAAGGAGAAUCUGAGAGAGCAGAGAACCCAGUUUAAAGCAGCUUUUCGAAAGUUUGUAAGCUCUUGCAGGUCAGGCAUUUAGCUUGCAUUAUACACAUCUAACCCAUCUCAUAAGAGUUGCUAAAUAAAUGCUUGUUCAUUGUUUUGA